AUGUGGUUCAGCACAGCAUCAUCUGCUGGCAAGCGGGCCAGCAAUGCUACAUGGGAACAAGGCCGUUCAGAGCAGCCAAAGACGCAGAAGAAUGUUUUGGAUCCUACAAUAUCUGCACCACAAUCUGCACCACCAAAAAUAGCGUCAUCGCCUGAGGAGUCUCAGCUCAGACUCUUGGAGGCCCUUGUUAAGGAGAUCAAGACACCUGUGACUGAGCGCAACCCCCCUGAGCGCCGGGGUUCACAAUCCUCUACGUGCUCCAACCGUACUAUUCGAGCUCCCCCUGAGGGCUUGAAUCGUUCUACUACAUCUUUACAGGAGCUAUUGGAUAAACACAGCGAUACGACGCAGACGCACUCUACUCCCUCUGGUAUCGAAAAGCAAUCAGGCUCUGGAUUGGGCGAGUCGUCUCAGCAGUCAUGCCAAUCCAAAGGAAAACAAAAGGCAAUUGACAUUUCUUCGCCACUAUCAGAUCCUCAUAUAUCACCUCCAAACUCGGCCACCUUUUCUACUUUACCCAGAUUACCAAACUUGCCGCCGCCGCCGCCUGCCGGACCUGCGCCGACUGUUCAAAGCAACCCUGUGUCCCAGCCGAUCACGCAAAAUCAACAAUUCCCGCCAGAGGCCAUGGCUUCUAUUAUGUCAUGGUUUUCUACAGGCUUCUCGCAUGUGACUUCGACGCUGGAAGGCCACCAGUCAGCCAUCGCGAAGAGGAUUGAAGACGACGUUAAGGAAAUCCGUCAGAUUUGCAUGCGGACCCAGGAACAACAGAGGAAUUUAUCCUGCGAGCAUUACGCAAAGUCAAAGGUUAAAAAAAAGAAGCGCGCUGGUUUUGUUCCUGAUCCUAAGGACGAUUGCGUAGAUGCUCCCACUGAUCAUAGCAAGGUGACUUAUAACGCUUUCAAGGCAUGUAUCCGCCAGCAUGCGCAUCAUCUUCUGAGAGUCAGUGAUUAUAGACUGUUGACUUCGAGUAACUGUAGCAUCACUGAAGAUGAGAACUUUGCGUACAUCUCAAAUACUCCCGGCCGCAUCCAGAUUACUGCAGACAACUUUCGUCUUGAUCUGAUGCGCCAUCGAAGCACCAAAUUCAACAUCGAUGCCAUCCUUGUAUUUGCCCUCGACUUCAUCGAGAAAACUACCAAAUUUGCCGUGAAAGAUGCAUUCUAUUCGCAUUUCAAAACCAUCCGAGACUAUUAUAAGGAUAUAGAGAAGGUCAAGAACGGAAUGUCCAUGGAGGAGCUUAAAGAUAAGAAGCAGUUGGAGCUAAAGAAAAGUGCAAGGCAGUCAAGGAAAAAUCGACUUUAUGCAGAGCGAUUGAAAGCUUGUGCACUUGAUGGUGGCCCAUUUACACCACAUAUGGCUCUCUUACAGGAAGCAGGGAGCGCAGGGUGUAGUUCCGACGAAUCUGAGAGUGAACCAGACCAGGAACCUGCAUAUUUGCAGAAGGCUCCUAGGCGUGCGAAGCACAUUGGAUACAGACGCAUCGAGCCAAUUUGGCGGGGCACCGCAUUCCGCUCGCUGAUGUAUCGUAUUGACGACCGUGUUGAUGACUUAAGGUCUUCGGGAGUCAACUUCGCGUCUUCCAGAGCCAGCCGACGACGGUGUGGAAAUGUACCGCGCACUAGACUUCACUCAAACAAGACAAAUCCGUCAGUCGCAGCACCUCCCAGCCUUCCUCGAAAUUGCUACAAUCCAGUAUGGUACAAUUCACUCCCACUAGAAGCAAAGCUGCGGUUAGACAUCAAAGACUGGGACUGGGAUUUUUGCAAUGGCGGACAGUUGGAAGUCGAAGGUGCACCUCAGACUGGUCAUGGAGAUUAUUGUGUUCCGGACCCAUCGGAUCCAUUUGGCCAGCGAAGGAUGCAGGUUGAUGGAGACUGCGGAGAAGGCCCUUCAAAUUCAGACAGUUAG